AAUUCCUGAAACCGUGGCCGCGCAUAUAAGGUGAAAAAACGGUCGCGUUUAAUGGGGCUUUCUGGCGUUCUAUUAAGCUAAGUUUACGGAAUUUCACAGUUGCUCUCGGUUACAAGCAGUGUAUGUAAGAAUGUCGGUUCCACCGGUUGCCGGAGUGCAACCGUUUCCGGCGCUUGUGCCGUUUAGUGUUCCCCCACCAGGAUUCGGCGCUGCCCCAGCUGCUGCCGUGCCUGGUGCAGAGGCUCCUGUGUUACCUAUGAUACCGAUUGUUCCGCAAGUGGUUAGUGAGUGGACUGAACACAAAGCACCGGACGGGAGAGUGUACUACUAUAACAGCGUCUCGAAGCAAAGUUUAUGGGAAAAACCGGAUGAACUAAAGUCUCCGGCGGAAAAGUUACUUUCACAAUGCCCAUGGAAGGAAUAUAAAUCAGACCAAGGUAAAGUUUACUAUCACAAUGUGAAUACGAAGGAAUCGCAAUGGGUUGCUCCACCGGAGUAUCUGGAGCUGAAAGAAAAAGUGGAAGCAGAGAAGGCAGCAGCUGAAGCUGCCAAAGCAGCCGCACUAAAAACGGUGGCCCCUGGAGCGAUUCCUAUGAUGAUUCCGCCAGUAGUGUUGCCAGUUAUGUCUCCGGCGCUGGUGACUGCAGAAUCGAUACCUUCACUUUCGGGGGUCACUCCUGGAUCUGCUGAAAAUUCAUCCUCCGCGCUGGAUCAAGCGAUGGCAGCAACUUUGGCUGCCAUAGAAGUUCCCGAAGAUCCGGCCCCAAAGAAAGAGGAAGAAGAAAAACCGGUGGUUGAGGAAGAACCCGCCGUUGAGUUUAAAGAUAAGAGGGAAGCGAUUGAAGCUUUCAAGGAAUUUUUGAGGGAGAAAAAUAUCCCUUCCAGCUCCAGCUGGGAGCAAUGUGUCAAGAUUGUGCAAAAAGAUCCUAAAUUCAAUAUAUUUAAAAAAUUGCAAGAGAAGAAGCAAGCAUUUAAUGCGUACAAGACUCAGAAGCAGAAGGAUGAAAAGGAGGAACAACGGCUCAAAGUCAAAAAAUCAAAAGAGGAGCUGGAAAAGUUCCUGAUGACUUCGGACAAAAUGAAUGCUUCCCUGAAGUACUACCGGUGCGACGAAAUGUUUGCCAAUUUGGACGUUUGGAAAUCAGUUCCCGAACUGGACAGAAGAGAUAUUUACGAUGAUUGCAUUUUUAAUCUGGCCAAGAGGGAAAAGGAAGAAGCUAGACUGCUCAAGAAACGAAACAUGCGAGUUCUGGGCGAACUGCUAGAAGCGAUGACUUCGGUCACUUAUCAAACCACUUGGUCCGAGGCGCAGGUCAUGUUAUUGGAGAAUACAUCCUUUAAGAAUGACGUGAAUCUGCUUGGCAUGGACAAAGAGGAUGCUUUGAUUGUUUUCGAAGAACACAUCCGUACCUUGGAGCGCGAGGAAGACGAAGAUAAGGAACGCGAGAAAAAGCGAGUGAAGAGGCAGCAACGUAAGAAUCGAGAUCAAUUUUUGGCUUUGCUAGAUGGUCUUCACGAGGAGGGUAAACUGACUUCAAUGUCGCUGUGGGUUGAGCUUUAUCCCAUCAUUUCGGCUGACCUGCGAUUUUCUGCCAUGCUCGGUCAAAUUGGUUCCACUCCGUUGGAUCUAUUCAAAUUCUACGUGGAAAACCUUAAAGCACGCUUCCACGAUGAAAAGAAAAUAAUCAAAGAAAUUCUUAAGGAAAAAGAAUUCAUCGUUCAGUCGGGUACGACAUUUGAAGACUUUGCCACCGUAGUUUGCGAGGACAAGCGUUCGGCCACGCUAGAUGCCGGCAAUGUGAAGCUAACGUACAACUCGUUGCUCGAGAAGGCUGAAGCUGCCGAGAAAGAAAGGCUGAAGGAGGAAACACGUCGCAUACGGAAGAUGGAGAACGAACUGAAGGGCGCGUGGUUGGAAGCCGGCCUGUCCGCCGGUGACAGCUGGGAUAUCGCGCAAAAGCUGGUCCUGGAGCUGGACGUUUACGAUCUGUACGAGAAGGAAGACAAGGUGGAGCGUCUUUGGGAAGAGUUUAUCAAGGAAGCCGAAGAUUCCUGCAGUCAUCAUCACUCGCGCUCGAAGAAAUCGAAGAAAAACCGUAAGCACAAAAAGAAAUCGCGCUCAUCUUCGAAAUCGGAAUCGGAAGCUUCGGAGCCAGAGUACGAGAAACCAGCAAAGAAGAAACGCAAAUCUCGCUCCAAAUCACGUUCCAGCAGGAGUGAGUCGGAAAGUGACGAACAGCAAAGCGAACGGGAACGCAAACGUAAGAAGAAGAAGAAGCAUCGCCGUCAUUCACGUUCUCCGUCGUUUGAGGAACCACUCAUGGCUUUGGAGACAAAAAAUGGCACGGCAUCUAAAUCUCCAUCGCCGGAAGUUGAACGCAAGAAGAGGAAAAAGGAUAAAAAGAAGAAGGAGAAACGUCGUUCGCGGUCGGUUAGCCGAGGCAGCAGUCCCGGGGCGGCUAAACAUCGAUCCCCACCGGAAGAGGGCGGUCGGAAUGGUGGCGGCGGUGGUUCUGUUUCACCCAAGGGUUCCGACGACGUUGCAUUGUCCGAAUCGGAACUGGAAUCGCAACGAGCAGCGCUACUUGCGCAGUUGAAUGAACAGAUGGACGAGUGAUGUCGGUGGUGGGGUCAGUCUGCCGAUGUCAAACUUGACCGUGACCGUUCCCGGAGAAAAUAAAACAGCAACCGAAGUAGGAGAAGCAAAAAAAAUUACAACGUCGAAUUGUAUCUCUUUGAACACUAGCAAACUAUACCAGAUGAUGAUGAAUAUGAAUGCAAUCAGUUUAUU